AUGAUCAAGCGGGGCGGAGCGGGUAAUGGGUCGCAGCGUGGUUCAGACCCACCACCGCCGUUGCAGCCGCAACGAAGUUUGGACGGCGCAGCGUCAAGUGUUGGAACUCCGCCAACUUCGGCCGGAUCGCAGACGACCGCCGGAACGAUGCCCGAAUGGAUGCAAGAUGACGAUAACGGAAGAGAAGAAGAGAGUGGCGCAGGUGGUGCACCAGUGGUGGCGGCAGGUUCCUUUGAUGAGCACGGUCAGUUCCGGGCGGCCACUCGGAAUAUGGCUGCAAAAGGUGGCGGUCAAUCGUCGUCACCUCAGCAGCAGCAGCAGCAGGCUCAAGGUGCACCCAACAUCAUGGAUAGGUCAAAUGUGAUGACGUCAUUGACGUCGACACCACCCCCGCAAAUUCCCACGCAAGUGCAGCAGGUGAUGACAAAUCCGUGGACUACAACGAGCACAUCACUGAGCGAUCAAACUACAGACCAACAGCAUCAAACUACAACCGCGGAUCCGAUCCUUGCCGAACGAUUAGCGCAGAUGCGGGUAGGGCGAUUGCAACAUUCGAUGUCGCAACCAGCUGGUGUGGCUCCUAUGGGCAUGUCGGAACAGCAGGUGUUAUCAGACGAUUGGUAUUAUAUCGAUCCGAAAAACGAUACGCAAGGGCCUUUCCAGUCUGCUCUUAUGGAGGCGUGGUUCAACUCGGGCUAUUUCACGAGCGAUCUGCGGAUCCGACGUGGCACCGAUCCAAACUCGGGAUUCAUAACGUUGGGUGAUUUGCUGCGCAUAAACGGAUCGAUAUCACCGUUCAAGCGGAGUCCGCCAAAUAGCGCUGCAAUAGGUGGUGGUGCUGGGCCGCAGCUUCAUAUCGCGGCACCGCCUCCGCAGGGUCUUGCCACGAACCAGGUUGGAGCGACUACGGUAUCGAUGCCGAUGACACAAGCCAGCGCCUUACAACAGCAACAACAACAACAACAGCAGCAGCACCAAGCAAUGCAGGCGAGCCAGCAGAUGGGUCGGAAUAUAUGGACGGCAGAGGAGUACAGUCCGGUGUCAUUGCUUGAGGCAGCGAAAGUGCAUGAGGAACGGCAG